CCGUAUGGGAAAGAUUGGGCUCUUCCACCAACCCAUUUCCCCUAGUCCCACGAAAUAGCUGGACUCUUCCAUCCUCCUCACCCCAGGACAAAGUGUACUCUUCCACCUAUCCUUCCCUCCACCGGAGAGAGUGGGCUAUUCCACCCCCCCCCCGAGAAUAGUUUCUUCCAUGCAUUCCGCGCUCCCCUAGACAGUGGGUUCUUCCAUCCAGCCAUUCCUCUCCCCUCCCCCGUCCCAUCGUGGGUAAGAGCCGGGAACUUGGAGACACCUGGUCUUGGAGGCGGGGCUGGGAGCCAGGACUCAAAGGUGCCCGUCCUGCGCUCUGGGAAUGACUGACUCCCCAGGCACCCUUGGCAGCUCCAGCUGGAGCCAGAAGACGGACAUCCCUGAGCGCUCUGCCAGCUGAACCCUCUGUGCUAUGGAGCCGGGCAUGCCCGGUGAUACUGUGGAUGACCCCACUGGAGGGGACCCCGGGUCCCAAGCGUUGCCUGCCAAGCUGGCCAGGCAGAACAGCUCCCCCCCAGUAUCUGCGCCAGAGCGGGUGCAGAGUGAGGGGCCGGCAGAGGACGGGGAUGAAGCGGUGGAGGAUGGAGGGCAAGAAGCGGCAUGGGAAGAUGAGGGCUACCUUCCAGGCUAUGAGUUCUUGGCUCCCCCCAAGCUGUUGACAGGCGCUUGGGGCGAAUACAGCCAGGUGCCAGAGAACUUCCUGAAGGGCUGCAAGUGGGCCCCAGAUGGCUCCUGUCUCCUGACCAACAGCGCUGAUCACACCCUGCGCAUUUACAACCUGCCCGUGGAGCUGUACGGCCCGGAGUGGGGGGACGUGGCUGAGAUGAGUCCUGUGCUGCGAAUGGCUGAGGGAGACACCGUUUAUGACUAUUGCUGGUUCCCGCUGAUGAGCUCUGCGGAUCCCCCCACCUGCUUCUUUGCCAGCAGCAGCCGAGACAACCCCAUCCAUGUGUGGGACGCUUUCCAUGGGGAACUGCGGGCCACGUUCCGCUGCUACAACCACCUGGAUGAGCUAACAGCCGCUCACUCUCUGUGCUUCACCCCCGACGGCUCCCAGCUGUUCUGUGGGUUUGACAAGGCUGUGCGGGUGUUCGACACGGAGCGCCCGGGGCGCAUGUGCGAGAGCCGUCCAACAUUUGCCAAGAAACAGGGGCAAAGUGGUAUCAUCUCCUGCAUCGCCUUCAGCCCAACCCAACCCCUCUAUGCUUGCGCCUCCUACUCCCGGACGGUGGGGCUGUACUCACGGGCCGAGGGUGUGCUGCUGGCUAUGCUGCAGGGCCACCGGGGUGGUGUUACUCACACCCUCUUCUCACCUGAUGGCACCUGCCUCUUCACUGGUGGGCGCAAGGACCCCAAGAUCCUCUGCUGGGACCUGCGGCAACCUGACCGGGUGCUGUUCUCCAUGCAGCGCAUGGUGGCCACCAACCAGCGCCUUUACUUCGACCUAGAGCCGAGUGGCCGCUUCCUGGUGAGUGGAACCACGGAGGGUCUGGUCUCUGUUUGGGACACAGCUCAGCCCCCCACUGGAGACAUGGAGCCAGUACUGGAACCUGCACUUCAGUUCCAGGCCCUGCAGGACUGCGUAAAUGGGAUCAGCCUGCACCCCAGCCUGCCCAUGUUGGCCAGUGCCUCCGGCCAGCGUGAGUUCCUGGAGCCGUGGGACAGCAGCGAGGAGGACGAAGGAGGAGGAUCUGGGCACCCGCAGCGCCCAGCUGGGGGCCAGAACUGCUUGCAGCUAUGGUGGUGCGGGGAGAGCGGGGGGCACGAUCCAGCCCCUCCUGCUGUGUGAUGCUGCAGACCCAGGGGCACGGCCUUUGUGGGAGGUCAGGGAAGGGCAGCUGAGGGCUGGUUUUGAGUUUUGCGGGCUGCUGAGCUAUGGAGAAUUGGGGUGGAUGCUGCUUGAGGAAGAGGUUCUGUACAUGUGCACUCAGUUUUGUAUCAACUUGUUGUUGGGAGCCAUAAAACUUUUUUAUUGUCUUA